AUGGAUAAAAGGAGGGGCAGAUCGGGCAAAUAGAAAAGUAGUCCAGAGAGAAAUGAUGAAGAAGAAGAGGAAUUUGUUGUUAAAUCAAAAGGGAAACAAUAAAAGGGAAAAAAGAAAACUGAGGAUAAUGAAGGUAAGAAAAGUGCAUAAAAAAUCGAGAAAUAAUAGAAAGUAAAGGAAGUGGAAAAAAAAGUAAAAUAAGUUAACCAAGCAGAUGAAAAAUUUGAUUUAGGAGAUGGAAGAUUUAGUACUCCAACAGUAAAAAUUUCUAGUUGGAAUAUAAAUGGAAUCAGAGCUGUCACAAAGCAUGAAUCAGCUGUUUAAUAUUUAAAUGACUCUAAAUUUGAUAUAAUUUGUUUAAAUGAAUUGAAAGCUGAUUAAGAUGUAUUUGACAAAGAAAAUUUAGGCGCUAAAUUUGGAAAACACUAUUUUCUAUAUCUUAAUUUUUGUAAAUCUAAGGCUGGAUACAGUGGAGUUGCUAUAGCAUCUAAAGUCAAACCAUUAUCAGUGAAGUGCGAUAUUGGUGUCGAUAAGCAUGACCAAGAAGGAAGAACACUCACAGCUGAAUUCGAACAGUUUUAUUUAGUUUCAUGUUAUGUUCCAAACUCAGGAUAGAAAUUGGAAAGACUUGAUUAUAGAACCAAGGAGUGGGAUAUUGAUUUCUAAAACUAUCUUGAAGGACUUCGAAAGAAAAAACCUACGAUCUUAUGUGGUGAUCUUAAUGUAGCCCACCACGAAAUAGAUCUUUCCAAUCCAGCUGGCAACAAGAAGACUGCUGGAUUUACUCUAUAAGAAAGGGAUCAAUUUUCCAAUUAUUUGUAAAAAGGAUGGGUUGAUUCGUUCAGACAUUUACAUCCAAAAGAGGUUAAGUAUAGCUUUUUUAGUGCAAGAAGUAAUAGCAGAUCAUAAAACAAGGGAUGGAGAUUAGAUUAUUUUAUAAUUAAUAAGGAAGCUUCUGAUGCUAUCACUGUAUCUGAUAUAAACUUAACUGUUGAAGGAAGUGAUCACGUGCCAAUUGAGUGUGAAGUUGAUCUAAGAAAAUUAUGAUGGAAAUAUAAAUUAUUCAUAAUUUAAAUCAAAUAA